AUGUACGGAGACGACGGUGAUUAUGGCGAGGAGGAAGGUGGUCCCGAGGGUUCAGGAAAAGGACGGCCGCACCCAACUGGCGAUGGGCUUCACGAGGGCGAUGACGGCGGAGAGUACGGCGAGGAUUACGGCGAAGAGGACGGCGAAGGAGAAUAUUACGAGGAGGAGGCGGGUGGUGAGGGGCAGAAGGAGGGAGGCGUGACGGGCGAAGGAGAGGGGGAGUACGAGGGCCAGGAGGGGGACUGGGAGGGCGAAGGCGAUUAUUACGGCGAGGAAGGCGACUACGUGGACGGGGGCGGUGAGGGUGGAGGGAAGGGGGCUGGCGAGGGAGAGGAGCACUACGAGGGCGAGGAGAGGUACGGCGAGGGCGAGGAGGGGUACGGCGAGGGCGAGGAGGGGUACGGCGAGGGCGAGGAGGAAGGGGAGUGGUACGGGGAAGAAGGCGAGGGGCACGCGGAAGGCUGGGAGCACGCGGAAGGUGAAGAGUAUGCUGAAGGGGGGGGGUACGGGGAAGAGGGGGAGUGGGAUGGGGAGUAUGGUGAAGAGGAUUAUGGGGAGGAGGGUGAGUAUGCGGAAGAAGGGGGAGAUUACGCGGAAGAGGGGGGAGUGUACGCGGAAGAGGGGGUAGAGUACGCGGAAGAGGGGGGAGAGUACCCGGAAGAGGGGGGAGAACACGCACAAGAGGGGCGAGAUGAGGAAGGUGGUGGUGAUGUUCAUGCGGAGGGGGAAGAGGGGGGCGAAGUUGAUGAAGGGCUGCAGGGGGAAGGGGGGGAUAUGUAUGGGGAAGGAGAGGAUAUGCACGGGGAAGACGCGGAUAUGUACGACGAAGAGGGUCAAGGGGCGGGGGAGGAAGGAGUGGAGGAGCAAGGCGGAGGAGGGGGGUUGGGGAGGGGCAAGAAGGGGAGCGGCACGGGCAGCGCGGAAGGGGCUGAGGGCGGAACAGAGGAGGCCGAUGAACGGUUGGGGGAGGACGAUAUGCACCCGGAGGUAGAGGGGGGUUACCCGGAGGAAGAGGGGGAGUACCAGGAGGAAGAGGGGGAAUACCCGGAGGGGGAAUACCCAGAAAAAGUAGGGGAAUACUUCAAGGAAGAGGGGGAGUACCCGGAAAAAGAGGGGGAGUACCCGGAGGAAGAGGGGGAAAACCAGGAGGAAGAGGGGGAGUACCCGGAGAAAGGGGGGGAAUACCUGGAGGAAGAAGGGGAAUACCUGGAGGAAGAAGGGGAAUACCUGGAGGAAGAGUUGGAGUACCCAGAGGAAGAGGGGAAGUAUCCGGAGGAGGGGGAGUACCCGGAGAAAGAAGGGAAAUACCCGGACGAAGAGGGGAAAUACCCGGAGGAAGAGGGGGAGUACCCAGAGGAGGGGGUGAAGGAAGGGGAGGAACCGGGGCUACACGAAAGGGAGGGGGGGCAGCAUGAAGAGGACGAUGCUGAGGGGGAGGCGGAGGAAGGAUUGUCGCGUGCAGGUGGCGACGAGGAGGAGGGCGCGAGGGCAGUGCUGUCGGAGGGGGAGGAGGAGCGCGCUGAAGCGACAGCGGAGGAAUUGCAGGGGGAGGAUGCAGGGACGGCGGGUAAGGGUGAGGGAGUUGCAACCAAGGCUCGCAGCGAGGGGAUCGAUGCAGAGGAUGCGGAUGCGGAUGCGGAUGCGGAUGCGGAUGAUGGGGGAGGUGGAACGGCUGAGGUGGCGAGCGCGGAAGGCGAGGAUGAGCAGGCGGACGAGGGCGGCGAGCAGAGGCUUGGAGAAGACGAUGAGGGCGCUGGGGUGGCGGGGGAGAGAGAGGGGGGUGGCGAGGGAGGGGAGGAAGGGGUUGAGGACCUGGGCGAGGACGCUGAGGCAGACGGAGGGGACGUUGCAGGCCGCAGUGCUGGUGAGCGGAGCGAUGAGGAGGGUGAUGGGCGCAGUGAGGGCUGGGAAGGGUCACGCGGGAGGGGAGGCAGUGAUGAGGAAGGGGGCGAUGGGGCGAUGGGGAGGCGACGAACAAGUGAGCAUGGCGGGGAUGCGGAGGGAAGGGGCGGGUUGUACAGUGAUGAGGAGGAAGGGGGUUACGGUGGACGGCGAGGGGAGGGGAGGGGCGAGUACAGCGAGGAUGAUGGGAGUCAGUACAGCGAUGACGAGGUGGGGGGCAGGGGACGGCGACCACGGUACAGUUAUGAGGACGAUGAGGGCGAGCGGGGGAGAGAUGGGGGGCGGCCACGGGGAAGAUACAGUGACGAUGAGUACAGUGAGGAGGACGGGGAGUAUGGAAGACGAAGGGACAGGCGUGGCGAUGAAGAGGAUGAGGAUGAGGACGAGGACGAGGGGUACAGGCGGAGAGAGGGGUAUAGUGAUGAGGAGGAUGGGGGCGAGAGGAGGAGAGGGCGCUACAGUGACGAGGAGGAGGAGGAGGAAGAGGAGGAGAGGUACAGGAGGCGAGGGGGGAGGUAUAGCGAGGAUGAGAGGUCGGAGGGUGCAGAUGAGGAGGCCGCAAAAGGAGCAGGAGGGGAUGAGGAGGGAGAAGGAGCGGAUGGGGAGGGCGCAGAAGGGGAUGAGGAGGGAGGUGCGUCUGCGGUGGAUGCUAAGGGCGCUGGGCAGGGCGGCAAUGAAGGAGGCAUUUCGGGUGACGCGGAGGGGCGCGGUGAGGAGGAGGUGCGAGUGCAAGGCAAGGGCACACGGGCCCAGGAGCGGCAUGAAGGGGAGUUGGAGGGGGGGGAGGAUGCAGGGGAGGAGGUGGGGGCGGAUGCUCCUCAGGAUGUGGGGGAGAGGGAAGGGGCGGAGAGGGCUGGGGAGAAGCGAGGUGCGGCGAAUGAUGUGGGCGGUGAGGAGGAGGAAGGGUUGGAAGAAGAAGGGGUUUCUGAUUCUGAUGGCGGUGUGGUCAUGCGAGGGGAUCGACCAGGGGAGGAGGAAAGGGACCUGUUCAGCGAUGGCGAUGAGGAGAGGGAUGCACACAGCGAGGAGGAGAGGGAUAUGUAUGGUGAUGAGGAGAGGGAUAUGUAUGGUGAUGGGGAGAGGGAUGUGUAUGGUGAUGGGGAGAGGGAUGUGUAUGGUGAUGGGGAGAGGGAUGUGUAUGGUGAUGGGGAGAGGGAUGUGUAUGGUGAUGGGGAGAGGGAUGUGUAUGGUGAGGGCGAAGGGGGGAUGCAAAGUGAGGAGGCGAGGGAUAUGUAUGGUGAGGAGGAAGAGGAAAUGCAAAACGAGGAGGAGGGUGAUAUUUAUAGCGAGGGCGAAGAGGAAAUGCAAAGGGAUGAGGAGAGGGAUACGUAUGGCGAGGAGGAGAGAGAUAUGUAUGGUGAAGAACCUGAAGGUGUUGAGAGGAGUGAGGAUGGAUUUGAGGGAGGCGAGAGAGAGGAGGCAGAGGGGGAGGAGGGAGAGGGAGCGGGAGAGGAUAGCGGAUUUAGGAAGGAAAGGGCGGACGAGGAAGGGACUUACAGGGGAGGAAGUGAUGGAGGAAGUGGGACAGUGAGGGAGGAGGGGGACGAGGAGGAGCAAGACGAGGAAGAAGAGCAAGGGGAGGGGCGUGAGGAGGGGUUGGAGAGAGAUGCGGAGCAGGGCGAGGCAGACGAGGGGAGCGAGAGGGGAGGGGCAGGAGCUGAUGUUGAAGGGAUGGAUGAGGAAGGGGAUGACUAUAAAGAGAGAGGGGAAGAGCUCUAUGACGAGGACGAGGAGGAUGGGCUGACUGGAGGCAUGCAUGGGAGGCGAGGGGGGAUGAGGGAGGAGGAGGAGGAAGAGGGGGGGCUGUACGGGGACGAAGAUGAGCACUCUCCUCGUGAGCUUGGAGGGAGCGAGGGGCUGGAAGGAGAGCAGGGCGCGGAGAGGGAUGACGACCUGGGGGAGCAGGAGGAACUGUAUGGAGAGCAGCACGAGGAGGGGGAGGAAGGGGUGGAGGAAGAGGAGGGCGUGGAGGGGGAGGAGGGGUUGGGGGCGGCUGGAGAGCGAGACGAUGUGUCCGAGGAGGAGGGGUUGACACCACGGGGGUUGAGGGGGAGUGAGCAGAUGAGCGUGGGGGAGGAGGAUGAAGACGAGGAAGAGGGAGAGAAGGGAAGGGCGAGUGUGAAUGAGGAAGAAGAAGGUGCAGAUGAGAGCGAGGAUGUGCUGCGGACGCCUGAUGUGCUGUCCGAUGAGGAGGGGGAUGGGGAUACGCCGAAGAAUGCAAGGCCGCGUAGAGAGGGCAGCGAGGAUGGGGAAGAGGAGGAUCUGGAGGAGGAGCGGAGGAAGGGAAGUGAAUGGGACAGCGAGGAGGAGAGAGAGCGGUCUGCGGUGGGGAGUGAGGAAGGGGGAACUCCAAGGGCGAUGGGGGGAAGGAGGAGGGGAGGGAGGCGCAGAGAAGGAGAGGAGGAUGAGAGCGAGGGAAGUGAGUAUGGCAGGGGGCCGCGACGAGAGGGGUACAGCGACGACGAGAGGUACAGUGGCCGGGGCAGUGAGAGGGGCAUGGGUGAUUAUAGUGACGAGGAGAGGUACAGGCGGCGAUAUGGUGAGGAGGAUGAGGAGUUUAGUGAUGAAGGGAGCGAGUACGGUCGUGGAAGGGGGGUUGGCAGGGAUGGGUAUAGACGCCGGGUGGAUGCAGAGGAGGGGAGGAGUGAGGAGGGGUCGGAGGUGGCAAGUGAUGUGGAGGGGGAGGAGCUGGUGGGCCGACGUAGUGAGAGUGGCGGACAGGGUGUGGGGCAUGGGGUGGGUGGCGAGGAGGAGGCGGAUGGUGAGGAGGGGAGGGAGGAGGAAGCAGGUGAAGCAGGGGUUGAUGGGAAUGAGAAGGCCACAGAGGACGACGAUGAGGGCGGGGACGAGAAUCAGGAGGAGGGGGAGGAGGGGGACGAGGUGGGGGAGGGGAAGGUAGAGGGGAAGAGGCGUGUGCGGUUUACAAAGGAGGAGGAGCAUGAGGUGUGGGAGAUAGAGCGGGCGAGUGAUGGGGAUGGGGGGGAGGACGAAGAGGAGAUUGAUGAAGAUGAUGCGCGCAGGGGAGAGGGCACGAGGCAGAGGGGGGCAGAGGAGAGUGUGGAAGGGAGUGUGGAAGGGAGUGUGGAAGGGAGUGUGGAAGGGAGUGUGGAAGGGAGUGUGGAAGGGGAGAGUGAGGGCGAGGGGAGUGUGGAUGGGAAGCGGAGGGAGAGGCGGAUAGUAUGGCGAGACGAGGUGGGGAACGAGCUGGAGGAGACGCAGAGAGAUGAGGAGGUCGAGGGCGAGGGCGAGGAGGGGCCGAGGGAGGAGCAUGAGUGGGGGAGCGAGGAGGAGGAGGAGGAGGAGGAUGGCAGGGUGAGGGCGGAGCCGCGCAAGGUGGGUCCGCAUGACAUGCAGGAGGAGGAGGUGGGGGAGGGAGAGGGGAAGGGGAGUGGAGAGGAGGAGAGCUGGCGAGAGGAGUUUGAGAGAGGCAGAGACGGGGAGGAGGAUGGGGAGGAGGACGAGGAGGAGGGUGUGGAGGCACGGGGGCGGUUUGACAGGGGGAGUGGUAGAGAUGAGGAGGAGGACGACGAAGACUUGUUCCCUGUGGGGGACCAUGGGGAGGACGAGGAGGAGGAGGAAGAAGGGGAGACGCGGAGGUAUGAGGAGGAAGAUGAGGAUGGGAUGCCUUACACCCCCCAGACGCCUGAGUUCAUGGGGCGUAGGCAGACACGCGGGGUAGGGUUUGCCCGGCGAGGGGGGAGUGAUGAUGAUGAUGGUGGGGACGAGGAGGAUGAGGAGGGAUCAGAACGGGACGAAGGAUCGGACGGGGAGGAGGAGGAUGGGCAUGGGGAGGGAGGGAGGCGGCGAGGCGAGGAGAAGCUGAGUAUAGAGGACGGGGAUGAGUGGGACAGUGGCGAGGAGGGUGCGAGCGACCAUGAUGGCAGGCGGGGUGGAAAGGGAUCAUGGCGUGGGGAAGAGAUGGGGGAGGACGAGGGUGGGGACGAGGAGGAGGAAGGGGAAGGGGAGGGCAGGGGGGUGGAGACGGGUCGAAGCAGAGGAGCGAGUGUGGGAGGCGGCGGUGCGUUCCCCAGGUCGGCAUCGCAGAGCCUCCAGCGCAGCAGCAAGUACAUGCGCGAUGUGAUGCAAGAGAUGCAGGCUGAGGAGGACGAGGCGGAGGGUGAGGGCGAGGAGCGAGAGGGAGAGGAGAUGGAGGGAGAGGAGGGAGAGGAGGGGGAUGAGGAGAUGGAGGUGAGAGCAGGGGGGUUGAGCGGCAGGGCGGGAGGUGGGGGGGCGCGGUCGCUGCUGCCCAAGUCGUCGUCGCAGUCGAGCAGUCUGCAGCGCAGCGGCAAGUUCGACCUUGACUUUCUGCACGACAUUGAGGCUGAGGCCAGCGGCUUCGCACGCUCCAAUGAUGAUGAUGGGGAGGGGGAAGGGGAGGGGGAUGAGGAGAGGGACAGGGCAAGGGAGGAGGAUGAGGAGGGGGGUGAGAAUGGCAGCAUGGGAGGGGGCAGUGGAGAGGAGGCAGAGGAGGAGGAUGAGGAAGGCGACAGGGCAGGUGAUGAUGUGGGGCUGCAAGGGAGGAGUGAGGCCAGGCGGGGAGAGGAAAGUCACAAUCGUGCGUCAGCGCGCUCCCUCUUCCCCAAGUCGGCGUCGCAGAGCCUGCAGCGCAGCAGCAAGUAUCUGAGCGACCUGCUCAGCGACCUGGACCUGUACGGUGAUGCCCCUGGGCAGCCCGCGGGCGCGGGCGCGGGUGACGGGGGGCAGGGAGGGAAGGGGAAGACGAGGGGCAGAGAGGCAAAACGAGGUCUACAGCGCAGCAGCAAGUAUCUGACUGGGGGGAUGCUAGAGAUGGGGGAGGAGGGCGGGGAAGGGGAGGAUGAGGUGGGUGAGGAGGAGGCGGGGGCCGAGUGGGGCAGGGGCAGGGGUGAGGAUGGCGGGCGCCAGGCUGCCAUGGCUCGCUUCCCCAAAUCGGCGUCGCAGAGCCUGCAGCGCAGCAGCAAGUACAUGAGCGACCUCAUGGGUGAGUUGGGCUUGCAGAGAGGUGCGGGUGGUAAGGGUGGUGAUGAUGGUGCUGCUGGUGGUGGGCUGAGGAGCCGGGCGUCUGGCGGGCUGGAGCGCAGCAGCAAGUACGUGAAAGACCUCAUGGCGGAGCUGCAGGACGAGGGGGAGCGAGGAGAGGCGCACGAGGAGGGAGAGGAGGAGGAUGAGGAGGGUGGUGGUGGAUUGGGCAAUGGUAGUGUGAGAGGCAGCAGUGUGGGCGGGGGGGCAGGGGGGCUGCACAGAAGCACCAAGUACGUGAAGGACCUGCUGUCUGACCUGGAUCUGUAUGAUGAUGACGUGGCUGCUCAGGCUGCUGCAGACGCUGCUGCUGCUCUCGCUGCUGCCCGGGGCGGGCGUGCUGCUGGGUCUGGUGAGGAGGACGACCGCGAGCACCACGAGAUGCAUGCGCGCGCCUCUGCCUCCGCCACCCAGGGGGACCUGCAGCGCAGGCCCAGCGGCAUGCAGAGGGCCCUGCGCAGCGGGCUGAGGCGGAGUGGUAACCACGUGGGUGACGUGCUGGCUGCCAUGGGGCUAGAGGAGGGGGGUGCCGUGGGGGGUGCGGGCAAGGGGGACGGGGAGGGGGAGGGGGAGGAGGAGGCGGAAGGGAUGUGGGAUGAGGAAAGGGAAGAGUGGAGGGAUGACGAAGGAGAGGAGGGUGAGGAGGGAAGGGAGGGGGAGGAAUGGGAUGAAGGAGUUGGGUAUGAGAGGAGGGAGGAUGGGAGGGGGUCGGAGGACGGAGAGGCGCUGAUGAGAAGCCCUCGUGGUGAGUGGGAGAGGGAGGAGGGCGAGGAGGGGAAUGAGGGCGAGGAGGGGAGGAGGUUUGGUGAUGGUGAGGAAGGGGAGGAGGGAGAGGAGUGGGAGGAGGGAGCAGGGUCACAGCAAGAUCGUGGGGAGGAGGGAGAGGAGGGAGAGGAAGAAGGGGGCAGGAGGAGGCGGACGAAAAUACAGUGGAAGGAUGAAUCAGAGUGGAAGGGAGAGGGGGAGGAGGGAGGAGAGGAGUGGCACGGAGAGGGGGGUGAGGAGGGAGAGUGGGAUGGGGAGGGUGAGGAAGGGGGGUAUGGGCAUGGGGAUGAGGAGGAGGGGGUGGACUUGUUCCCGCAAAGCGCGCAUGGUGGCAUGGGAGAUGAAGAGCAGAUGCACGAUGGGGUGCACGAUGGGGUGCACGAUGGGGUGCACGAUGGGGUGCAUGGGGGCGUGCAGGGCGAGCAGUGGGGCGAGGGCGAGGAGGAGGGCGAGCAGUGGGGCGAGGGCGAGGAGGAGGGCGAGUACGGGCAGGGCGAGCGAGGCGAGAUGGCGGAGGCGGAUGGGGAGCAGGGCGAGUGGGAGGGGCAGGGUGCGAGGGGGAAGGGGCGAGGGCACAGGGGCGGGGACUCCGGAGGGAGCUUUGACUUUGGGAUGGGCUUGCAGGGAGUCGCGCCGGGCGAGGAGGGCGAGGAGGAGGAGGAUGGGGAAGGUGGAUCAGAAUUUGCGGCGAGAGGGGAGGGCUUUGGGGAGGAGGGCGAGUACGAGGAGGGGCUGGAAGGGCAUGGCAUGGCAGGCGAGGGGUUGGAUGACGGGGAGGGGGAGUACGGGAAUGGGCAUGAGUACGCAGGGCACAGGGAGGAGGGGUUCGAAGAGGGAGACGAGUACGAUGAGGGCAGGGAGGGGUUUGGUGGGGAAGGGGAGGAAGGGUAUGAGGAGGGGAGGGAUGGUUAUGAGGAGGGGAGGGAUGGUUAUGAGGAGGGGAGGGAUGGUUAUGAGGAGGGAGAGGACGGGUAUGAGGAGGAGGGCUUUGAAAUGGGGCAGGAGAGGUACGAUGAGGGGGGCGAGGGGUACGAGGAAAGGGAGCACAUGCACAGUGAGGGGCAGGAAGAGUUUGAGCAUGGGGACGGGGGCGAUGAGCAUGAUGGAGGUGGUGGUGCUUACAGGGGGGAAGGCGGGGAGUAUGAAGACGGGGAGGACGGGGCGUAUGAGGAGGAAGAGGACGGGGGGUACAAGGGCGAGAGGCAUGAGAUGCAGCCUGGGGAUGAGGAGUAUGGGGGGAUGGAGGGCGGCGAGGGGGAUGAGUACGAGGGUCACCCAGAGGACGAGUAUGGGGCGCAUGAGGAGCAUGCGUAUGGGCAGGCGGGCGAGGAGGACUAUGAUGAGUACCAUGAGGGGCAUGGGCAUGGGUAUGGGGAGGAGCAUGAGCAUGAGGAGGGGCAUGGAUACGAGGAGGAGGAUGGUGAGGGCGAGGGGUACGGGCAUGGGGAGGGGGAGGAAGGGGAGGAAGAGGAGGGGCAUGGCAUGGAGGGCGACUCGGACGAGGGGCAGGCGGCGCCAUACGACCACGAGGACCACGCCUUCUACCGCGCACAGGACCAGCGUGAGGGGCAGGACGGCCACGACCACCACCACGAGGGCGGCAACGACUGGCUGCUUCCGCCUGGCUCCGGGCGGCGGGGCUCGUCUGAGUUGUACCGGGGGCGCAGCCUGGGGCGCAUCGACGAGCAGGUGGCGUCGAGGGCGGGCAAGCAGCGGUCGGACCUGCACCGCGGAGGCAGCCUGAACCAGCGCGACGGGUCGUGGCAUGCACAGGGCGGGCACGGGUCGCAGGGCGGGCUGCGGCGCGGGCUGCGGCGCGGCGGCAGCUUGAACCAGCCGGACGGCGAGUGGGCCCACGCGGGGCAGCCGCCGGCGCACCGGGCGUCCUCCCUGCGCCGGGGGAGCAGCCUCAAGUGGGCGGACGAGGAGGAAGCAAAGGGGAGAGGAGGGGGGAGUGCGGAGGGUGGGAAGGGGAGGGAUCUGGUGCGGGGGCGGAGUCUGGGGAGGACGGACGGGGAGUGGAUGGACCGGCGGGUGAACCGACAGCUGGACGAGCUGAUUCACAAGGAGGGCGUGCGCAUCCACAAGGGCGUGCCCUCCCGCUCCCACUCCCUGGGGCCGGGCGUGUGGAGCAGCCACGACAGGGACGAGGAGGAGGAGGGGCAGGGCGAGGGCAGUGGCGCCAUAAGCAUGCACGGGCGCGGCAGUGGUGGGGGCGGCACAGCGGAUCAGUAUGGCGAUCUUGGGCCGUUCAAGCCGCGGCCGCCGUCGCGAUCCCGGUCGUCGAUUCCCGCGGAUCAGGUGGCAUCGACGGGCCUGAGGGCGUCGCGGUCCAAGUCGCUGGGCAAGAACGUGACGUGGGCCCUGGAUGAGCGGCACAGCGACCGUGACAGGGACGAGGGCGCUGGCAGGUGGGCGGAGGAAGGGGGCAAGUGGGGCGGCGGGCGCAUUCAGGAGGAAGAGGAGGAUGGAGAGAGGCGAGCGCAGGAGGAGGAUGGUUUUGGCGGGCGGGAGAGGGACGAGGAGGAGUAUUUGGAAACGUUGCAGGAGGAGGAAGGGGAGGGCGAGGAGGAGGGAGAGGAGGAGGAGGAGGAGGAGGAGGAGGAGCAGGAGCGGCUGGCGAGCAUCAAGUUCCAGGCGUCGCGGUCGCAGUCGCUGGGCAAGGUGGAGGCGCACUCCAUGGCGCUGGGACCCAUGGCGUGGCGGGGGGGCCACGAAGGGUACGACGACGAGCAGGCACAGCGCGGAGACGGGGACGAGGAGGGAGGAGGGGGGGCGGGGUGGAGGCGCGGCGGGGCGAGGGGGAAGGCGAAGCCGUCGCGGUCGCAGAGUGUGACGGCGGCGGAGGUGCUGCGGGCGCAGGUGGGCGCGCGCGGCGUGGGCAAGUCGGACCUGCUGCGCACCGACUCGGUGUUCGCCAAGCUGGACCAGCUGGUGCAGCGGCGCGGGGGACAGGGGCGCGAGGAGGGCGAGCGCGAGGGAGAGGCAGGGCUGCUGGACGAGGUGAGUGAGGAGGUGCUGCACGCGUGGCGCCUGCCGUCCAUCGGCCCGCGUGCCCCCCGCGGGUUCAACCUGGACGCCAUGCACAUGCCGCCCUCGCCCACCGGCAGCCCCCUCGGCAGCCCCUUUGGGCAGGGCGCGCUAGGCAGCCCCCUGGGCGGGUUUGGGUCCGUGGCAGGGGGCGAUGAGGGCGGCAGGGGCGAGGGGCAUGGGGGCGAGCUGGAGCAGGUGCAGGAGGGCGAGGGCGAGGGCGAGGGCUAUGGGGAGGAGGGGCAUGAGGAGGGGGGUUAUGGGGAGGAGGGGUAUGGGGAGGAAGGGCAUGGGGAGGAGGGAUAUGGGGAGGAGGGGCAUGGAGGAGAGUUUGGUGAGGGCGAAGGGUAUUAUGAGGAGGGGGGUGAAGGGGCUGGGGGGGAGUAUGGUGAAGGGCAGCAGUACCAUGAUGGGGAGAGGGAGUAUGAGGGAGGGGAAGGGCAGUACGAGGAGGGGGAGGGAGGAUAUGCGGAAGAGGGGCAGCAGUAUGGGGAGCAUCAGGAAGGUGAAUAUGGGGAAGGUGAGUAUAACGAGGGUGAGGGAGGGUUUGAUGAGGAGCAGGGAUACGACGAGGGGGAGCAGUAUGCAGCAGAGGGGCAGGGGCAGGUGGUUGAGGGGGAAGGGGGAUUCCACCCAGGGGAUGGGCAAGCCGAGGGCGAGCAAGGGGCGGGUGCUGAUGGGGAGUACGGCAAGCAGUAUGAUGGGGAGCACUAUAACGAGGAUGAUGGAGGGGAGGGUGGGUUUGGUGGAUUUCAAGUGGGCGAGGAGGAGGGAGGGGAGGGAUGGGAGGGCGAGGAGGGAGGGCAGGGAGAGGGGUAUGGCGAAGGGGAGUAUGGUGGUGAGGGGGAGUAUGGUGGUGAGGGGGAGUAUGGUGGUGAGGGGGAGUAUGAUGGGCAUGCGCAAGGGGAUCAGGUGGAGGGAGGGGAGUUUGGGGGCUUUCAAGGGCAAGGCGAGGAGGAGAGUGGUUACCUGGAGGAGAGGUAUGGGCAAGGGGAGGGGCAGUAUGGGCAAGGGGAGGGGCAGUAUGGGGAGGGGGAGGGGCAGUAUGGGGAGGGGGAGGGGCAGUAUGGGGAGGGGGAGGGGCAGUAUGGGGAGGGCGAAGGGCAAUUUGGGCAGGGAGAAGGGCAAUACGGGCAGGAAGAUGGGCAGUUUGGGCAGGGAGAGGGGCAAUUUGGGCAUGGAGAAGGGCAGUAUGGCGAAGGGGAUUAUGGGGAGGUGGGUGAUUGGGGAGCCGUUGAGUACCACGAGGGCGAGGGUGAUUAUGAUGAAGCUCACGGUGGGUAUGGGGAAGGUCAGAAGCAGUCUAGUGAGGGGCACGGGGAGUAUGGGGAGGGGCAGUUUGAAGGGCAAGGUCACUAUGAGGAGGAAGGGCAGCAAGGCGAGCAGGGGCAGUAUGAGGAGGGGGGUUAUGAAGAGGGCGAGUACCGAGAAGGAGAGUACAUGGGUGAAGGAGAGUAUGCAGAUGAAGAGGGGCAUGAUGGGGGGCUGAAUAGCAAUCAAGGCUUCCCAGGAGGGGAACAUUUGGACAGCACGUUCGAGUUCAUGCAGGGCGCGCUGGGGGCGCAGGGGGGGGACGAGGGUGUGGCGGAGGGCCAUGGCGGGGAGGAGGAUAUGGGACAGGACGAGGGAGAGUAUGAGGAGGAGGACGAGGAGGAGGAGGAGGAGGAGGAGGAGGGAGAGGAGGGAGAGGACGAGGAAGGUGAAGAGGAAGAGGAGGAAGAGGGGGAUGAUGAGGACGAGGAGGAAGGAGAGGAGGGAGAGGAAGGAGAGGAGGGAGAGGAAGGAGAGGAGGGAGAGGAAGGAGAGGAGGGAGAGGAAAGCGGCGGGUUUGCAUUUAAUGUUGCAGGUGAAGGUGGGGAGGAGGAAGAUGAUAUUGAGAUAGACGGAGAGGAAGGGGAGGAGGAAGAUGAUGAAGAAGAAGAGGAAGAGGAGGGCGAGGAGGAGGAAGAGGAAGGGAGUGAAGUGGAGGAUGAGAGCGAGGCUGAGGAGGAUGAAGAGGAGGAGGAGAUGGAAGAUGAAGAUAGUGAAGCAGUGGAGGAGGAAGAGGAGGGAGAGGAGGAAGAGGAUGAGGAUGAGGAAGAUGAAGAAGAUGACGAUGAGGAGGAGGAGGGGGCGGUGAUAGACAUAUUUGGGACGGGCAUGGCGGCGGGCGGGUCGCAGGGAGUGGUGGCGGCGCUGGGCGGCUCCAAGGGGCUGGCCCUGCUGCUGCAGCAGCAGCUGGCUGCCGCACGCGCCAAGGCCAUGGGAGGGGGCGAGGGUGGCAUGGUGGCAGGCAGUGAGGAGGAGAGUGAGCUCUCCACGCCCUACGACACCGAUGCAGACCUUGAUACGAGUGACUCCAACACAUCGGGCAACCGCCGCUCCGCCAUGCUUCACCACCCCGAUCCCUCCGCCACCGCGCCCUCUGCAGCACCGGGCAUGGGUGCGUUCCCGGCGUUUGGUGCCGGGCUGACAGCCGCCACUGCACCACGCAGCAGCCGGUCAGCCGUGGGCACGGGUGCUGGUCGCGGUGCUGCAGGCACGUCGCGGCGAGCAGCGGCGGCGGCACGGCAGCAGCGGGGGGCGGCAGCGAGCGGGGCGCGGCUGACAGCGGAGUGCUUGCUGGGCGUGCUGUCGUUCCUCGACUCGCCUCACGACUGGAUCAGCUUCUCCUGCGUCUGCCGUGCCUGGCGCCAGGUGGCACAUCAGGGGCUCACACGGCUGAAGCUGCCGCGGGGCAAGCGGGUGAACGCCAUGGGGCUGCUGAGGGCGCUCUCCUACUCGCGCAGCCUGCACUCGCUGCUGCUGCCGUCCGCCGCCCUGGACGCGCCCAUCUCAGACGACUUCCUCUGCACCAUUGCCUACACCUGCCCCGCCCUCACGCACCUCGCCCUCGGCCCCGACCCCGACCUGGGCUUUGCCUACGGCCCGCACGGGCUGGCCACGCUCUUCAAGGGCUGCUCGCUGCUGCAGCGCCUCUCCAUCGAGGCCACCCCGCCCCGCACCGCCUUCUCUGGGGCUGCUGCUGCUGGCUCCGCAGUUUCAGGCGGCGAUUCGGCCAGGGGCGUGCAGCUAAAGCAGCUGAUGAAGAUUCUUUUUGCCCCGGGCAGCUUGAUGCCGCCAGGGGUGGGUGCAGCCUCUGCAUCCCCCUACGCCCCGCGCAGCGGCAGCAGCAGCCCGCUGCUCUUGGCUGCUGGUGGGGGUGCCAUGCCCCGCGCCUACCCUGCUCACCACACUCCCAUGGGAGGCGCAGGCGCACAGGGAGGAGGAGCGGGUGCAGGAGCAGCAGGCGGGGGGAACAGGGCAUCAAGCAUGGCAGGGAGCAUAAUAGGCGGCACCAUCUCGAGCACCAUAGCGGAUGGGCUCAUUGGCGCUGCCAGCGGCAGCACCUCCCUCGUCGGCCGCAUCGCCAGCAGUGCUGCCGGCGCUCUCAUCACCGACAGCUGGCGCUCUCUGGUUGGUGGGGAUGCAGCGGGUGCAGGGACAGGAGCGGGGGGCGGAGGCGGGUGGUGGACGCCGCAGACGGGCAUCAUGCCGGGCCUCUCGCACUCCACCACCUCCGCUGCCCCCGCUGCUCCCACUGCCUACAGCCUGGGAGGGCUGUUCAGCAGCUUCGGCAGCGGCAAUCCCAGCAGCAGGGGCGGCAUGGGUGGGCUGCCAGCGGGGGUGAGCAAGAGUGUGGCGGAGCUGCUGCACGACUCCGUGCCCAUCCGCCUUGCCACGCCGCCCAACUCCAGCCUCCUCCUCCACUCCUCGCCUCACCUCGCCACGCGCCAUCUCAGCCCCGCGCCGUCCAGGCCUGCGGCCGUGGCUUCAGGGUCGGGCGCGUGGCCGGUGUCUGGCAGCGUGGGGAAGAGCAGCAGCGAGGGCGGGCUUGCAGGGAGAGCGGGGAUGGGGGGUGGGGUGUCAGGAGCGAAGGAGGGAGGAGGCAUGGGAGGAGCAGGGGAGGGAGGCGAGCCACAGGGGGUGCUGAGUGUGAUUGACAUCCCCGAGUCGCUGGGGCUGCUGCACCACCUGCGCCAGCUGUCACUGCACAUCAACAACCCGCGCCAGCAGGUGCGCCUGCCCGACUCUAUCGGCCGUCUCUCCCUGCUGCAGGACCUGCACCUCGCCUUCCCCCUGCCCGCCUUCGUGCCGCCCUCCCUCUGGUCGCUGCCGUCGCUGCAGCGCCUGUCGCUCACCGGGUGGAAGGGGCUGGCGUUCCUGCCCAACUGCCUGGACGACCUCUCCAGCCUGCGCGCGUUGCACCUGCGCUGCCACGACCUGCUCGACCUCCCACCCUCUGCUGCCCGUCUCCAACACCUCACAGAGCUGCUCUGGGAGACACCGCGCCGCGCCAAGGACCAUGGGGAUGCUGGUGGGGGUGGGGGUGAGGGUGGGAGUCUGUUUGGGGAUCACUACCAGCACCAGCAGCAGCAGCAGCAGUCGCUGGAGAGUGCGUCGGUGCCGCCAUCGCUGGGGCUGUUCACGCAGCUGCAGCACCUGACGCUGCGCAACGCCACCUUCCUGCCGGACGACCUGCAGCUGCUGGCGCCCAGCCUCACGCACCUGCAGGUGUGGGGCGCGCACGGCCACCUGCGCUUCCUGCCGCACUCGCUGCUGCGCCUGCGCCGCCUGCACCACCUCGACCUGCGCGGCGCCUUCUCCCUCGUGCCACCUGGCAUCGGCUGCCUCAACGAGCUGACUCAGCUCUGCCUCGUCAGCGGAUCGCUGGAAAGCCUGCCGCCGUCCAUGGCUGAGCUGGCGAGUCUGGAGGAGCUGCGAUUGGACGGGUGCUCGGGGGAUCUGCAGCUGCCCGACAUGCUCUUCGCGCGCCUCAAGCGCCUGCGCUCGCUCUCGCUGCCCACCAACGCCGCCUCCACUGUGCCGCGCGGCCUCACGCUGCUCACCUCGCUCGCCUCGCUCUCCAUCGACGCCCUCGCUGCCUCCUUCUCCCCUCCACCACCUUCUCGAUCCCGCUUGCCCCACCGCUCCCCCUCACCCAUCCCUUCCAUCACCCCCCUCCCCCCGCCCUCCUCCCCUCUCACCGACUCCUGGGACCCAUCCCGCCUGCCGCCCGCUCCCACCGCGCUGCCGUCCACAUCGGUGCUCCCUCUGGCAUUCGGCUCGCUGGCCAGUCUGCGCUCGCUGCGCCUGCUGUGCCCGCACCUCACGGCCCUGCCGCCCACAUUCGUCGCUCUGCCGCGCCUGGAGGACCUGCAGCUGCGCUUCUCGGGCUCGCUGCCGCGCUCCUUCGGCGCGCUCACAUCGCUGCGCUCGCUCGUGCUCGACAGCCCCAAGCUCUACGCGCUGCCCGAGUCCAUGGGCAACCUCUCCCUCCUCACCUCACUCACCCUCGCCUGUGCGCACCUCACCCUGCUGCCUGUCUCCAUCGGCCAGCUCACGGUGCUGCGCUCUCUCAAGAUUCUCCACUGCCACUGCCUCGAGUCCCUCCCCUCCUCGCUCUCUGCGCUGGCCAGCCUCUCCCUCCUUGACGUCUCCUGUGACAAUCUCAACUGGCUGCCCGUGUCGUUUGGCCGCCUGUCUGCGCUGGAGGAGCUAUCCCUGGCAAGCAAGAACCUCACGCAACUGCCCGAGAAUUUCGGGCAGCUGCAGCACUUGCGCCUGCUGCGGCUCGACUGCCCGGCCCUUCAGAACUUGCCCGCAACGUUCUGGCAGUUGCCUGGGUCGUUGCGUGUGGACAUGAUCGCGCGUCAGACACGUGGUCAAAAUUUCGCUGAUGCAUAA